AUUUCGGUUUCUCGAUUUUUUCGUACAGUCGGUUUUCGAAUUUCGGUUUUCAAUUUUAAAUUUUCGGUCGCUUGAAGUUUUAGUUAGAAAAUGGAUGCUGAACAAGAGAUCGCUGUUGAUGACGCUGCCACAAACUCUGCUCAGCAACCGAGGAGAAAGAUCAAAAGAUUUCAAUGAUGAAAUCAUACAUUUUGAAGAUGGCAUCAAGAUAAUGCAAUCCUCAGAUGGAAGUUGUUGAAUCCAAAUGAGAUAAGUCCAUAUUUGAUUCCCUUAUUAUUUGGUUAUUGGGAAUUUUUUUGUCAUGUGAUUUUCAUAAAGUCUUGAAGGUAUUUUAUGUGAGUAUUGAAAAUGCUGAAAUAUACACUAAUAUCUGUUUGGAAAUAAUAGUAUGGUUUUGAGUAGCGAUUUAUUUUCAUACACAAGUAUUUUUCCCUGUAAAUAAUUUUUUCAUAAUAUAUAUUAUUUGUGCCAUUUCUUUUUAGAGACAUCGUGGGCCUUCCAUACAUUCUUUCAAGUCAAGCAUUGCUGACAGAAACAAAACAAACAGACAAAAAAUGAAAAGUCUGGAUUCUUUGUUGACUAACUGGUAUAAAGAAACUGGAGUACCAUCUGUUUGCCUUACUUUGGUUAUUGAUAAAACAGGAAAAAUGCAUGUUAAGCCAACAGGUCACAGUGAGUUUCAAGCAUUUACAGAUAAUCCAACUGUGCAAUCUGAAUUUUUGAAAAUUGCUGAAAAGUUAUAUUUAAAAGAUGUGCAGCAAGACAUUCAAGGAGCCAGCAAUGCAAUCAACAACACAGAUUUUGAUCAAACAGUUGUCAACACAAUGUUGAGCCAGAAUGUGCUACAUUUUGACAUUGACAGCAAAAGGAAACUUUUGACAGCUGCAGUUUUGGGAAAUGGAAUAAAGCGAAGAAAGCUAUGGGACAUAAAUAGAAAACCCGAAUGGUGGCCAGCUGAUGUUCCUUUUCGUUCUCCAAAUGCACAGCCAAAAUGCAGCGUGAUGGAACUAGACAAAGUACUGGAAAAAUGCAAUGCUCACUUUGUCGAACGGUUUGGUCCUGGACCAUUGGAAGUUUGUCAGCAUGGCAUGGGAGUUGAUAGGGAGGUUGACGAGGAGGCUGAUAGAGCUAUAGAGCAGCAUUCUGAACAAUACGGAGAGAACGCUAUUGAUCCAGAAGUAGGCAACGAUCAGAAUGCUUGCGAAGAGCUUACAGAUCUAGAUCUAAUGCGCAUCGAAAUUGAUAGAGACAUUUAUAAAGAAUACACUUGGAACACAGCUGAAAGCGAGCUAUUUUUGGAAGGCAUUGGAGACGUAACGAGCCCAGCUUUGUUAAAGGAAUUGCUUAAAGUUUUGCCAGACCAUUGCCCAUAUCCGUUCACCUCUAGUGUUGGUAGGAAGGAUAUCGAGUUUUGGUACCGUCAUCUCGUACCCACUGACAUAAGGCGACAUGGUUUUGAGCCUGUAAAUGUUAAGGGCGAUGGAAACUGUAUUUUUCGAGCGGCCUCUAUGCACAUUUACGGUACCGAGAGGAAUUGGAGCUGGGUGAAACUUCGCACCUUGAAUUUUGGUUUACUUUCCAUGGAUACCAUUGUUGAACAAAUAAACGCAGUUGACAUGGACAAGAGAAACCUGGCAUUUCAUUUAACGACAGAUGACGUUGCCUCGAAAUACCAAAGUAUUUCAGACGACGCAAGAUUUCUGCGUUUGUGUGUAAUGGAGGAAAUCAUGCGCACAGUCGAGUAUUACAGAGAUGGAACUAUACUUCAUAUGAUGAUGAUCUCUGGUGCUUUUGGAAUAAGGAUACAUUCCUUUUCGUCAAAUGUGCUUUUGAAUCGGCAAUUUGGAUCUGAAAGUCUCGAAGACGUAUGUCGAUUGCUGUGGGUUCCGUCAAGCCUUAAUGGUCCAAUCAACCAUGUUGUUCCCUUGGUACACAUGGAACCGGAGGAACGAGCUGAAGGUUGCUGCAGCAUCCAAUUGGAUCAUGCAAAUGUAUGCUCUUUUUCGCUGGGUGAAACCACCUCGUCAGAAAUCUUGGUCUGUCAGCACUGCUUGCGGGACUAUCACGUAAGGUGUGUAAUGGCAACUGCCAGUGACGACAACUGGUCAUGCUUCUGCCAUUUAAAGGCUGAUUCGUUAUCAUGCCUACAACACCUCAAGUUGACUGAUGAAAUGAAGAAGUUGCUACACAGGUAUUCACCAGACAUAAAGAAGUUCAUUACUGACAUGGCAAAGAAAGAAUUUUACUCUCCAAGACUGGCACUGUUUUUUAAGAGGAGUGAAAAUUUAUUGCGCCGAUCGUCAGAAAGGAUAUGCCUAGUUAGUGAUGCAUCGUGGGACAAAGUUGUUGAACACGCUUUUCGCAACACAAAUCCUAUUUCAAGAUUUAGAGGCUUGAGCGUGCCGCAAAGAAUUUCCCUGAACACGUGUGUAAUAGCUCCGGAAGUGCUCGCCUUUCUUGUUCACAAAACUGCAAGUGUUCCCAUGGAAUGCAGCAGAAGAAUUGUAAACAAUGACAAUUUGGAUGCCGAAAAUGACAAAUAAAGCCUCGAUUUUGAUAUUUUUUUAUAUUAUUCGAUUUUGUUUCGUUCAGAUUGCAUAACUUUCGUUUUACAAAAUUUAACAACACAAUAUCUUUUCGUAAACCUACAUCUACAAGUAGGAUAUUUGAUUGAAUAUACAAGCGACGAAAUUAGUUAUUGAUCAAAGCAAUUAACUUUUGAAGGAAAUGGCUCACUAAUGAUUCUGAGAAAUCCUUUACAUGGGGCUACAAAGAUUUUUUUCUCUUGAAGUAUGAAUUCGAAUACUUCCGAAAAAAGCCACCAUAAUACCAGCAUUUUAGUUAAUACUUUAACUCGUACAGCUAAGAAAAAUGAAAAACAGUAGAAUGUAAAGAAUCUAUUGACAUUGAUUUUCCUGAAGUCGGUGUAAGAACCAUUUGGGUAUUUUUUCUAUCAAAGGCUCUUAACAUUGGCGCUUAGCAUGACAUAAUUUGGUCAGCUAAGCGCCAUUCCGAUUAUUAUUGGUACAAGAAUCAAUUUGUAGACAAAAUUUUGAUCUCAAGACACAAAGAGAUGAUUGCAAUUAUAAAUAACGACAAGCAAACCAUUUGGGUAUUUUUUCUAUCAAAGGCUCUUAACAUUGGCGCUUAGCAUGACAUACUUUGGUCAGCUAUGCGCCAUUCCGAUUAUUAUUGGUACAAGAAUCAAUUUGUAGACAAAAUUUUGAUCUCAAGACACAAAGAGAUGAUUGCAAUUAUAAAUAACGACAAGCAAACCAUUUGGGUAUUUUUUCUAUCAAAGUGUCUUAACAUUGGCGCUUAGCAUGACAUAAUUUGGUCAGCUAUGCGCCAUUCCGAUUAUUAUUGGUACAAGAAUCAAUUUGUAGACAAAAUUUUGAUCUCAAGACACAAAGAGAUGAUUGCAAUUAUGAAUAACGACAAGCGAACCAUUUGGGUAUUUUUUCUAUCAAAGUGUCUUAACAUUGGCGCUUAGCAUGACAUAAUUUGGUCAGCUAUGCGCCAUUCCGAUUAUUAUUGGUACAAGAAUCAAUUUGUAGAAAAAAUUAUUAUCUCAAGAC